GAUACCACAACACCUUCUUCUUCUUCUUCUUCUUCCUUAUCGACACUUUCACUCUCUCCGACAAUGGCGACUUUCCUAACAAAUGUUGUUUCAAUCAAACCUACAGUGUUCUCAUUCCAGUCCGAAUCCUUCACCCCGUCCCUUACACGGGUCAAUGUAUUCCCGUCGAAACCCUUUUCUUCUCUCGCCGGAGCCAUCUCCCGGAGCUCUAGAACAAGGUUCAUUCCUUAUGCAGUAAUGGACACAGAAGAAAAAUCCGCCGCCACUUUGGACCCUAAUUCUGAAGCUGCCAGGCGUGUCUACAUCGGCAACAUACCCAGGACCGUGGACAAUGACCAGCUCACCAAACUUGUUGAAGAACACGGUGCUGUUGAAAAAGUUCAGGUGAUGUAUGAUAAGUACUCAGGACGAAGCCGCCGAUUUGGGUUUGCUACAAUGAAAUCAGUUGAAGAUGCUAAUGCUGUGGUUGAGAAAUUGAAUGGCAAUACCAUUGAAGGGCGUGAGAUAAAGGUUAACAUUACAGAGAAACCUAUAGCAUCAUCUCCUGAUCUAUCACUGCUUCAGUCCGAAGAUUCCGCAUUUGUAGAUAGCCCUUACAAAGUGUAUGUUGGAAAUCUAGCAAAGUCUGUUACAAAAGAGAUGCUUGAGAAUUUCUUCUCUGAGAAAGGUAAAGUAGUAAGUGCCAAGGUUUCAAGAGUACCCGGAACUUCGAAAUCCACAGGGUUUGGCUUUGUAACGUUCUCCUCAGAGGAAGAUGUGGAAGCUGCCAUUUUGGCUCUUAACAACUCUUUGCUGGAAGGACAGAAGAUUCGGGUGAAUAAGGCGUAGAGUGUAAGACCGAGCCUUUGACAUCAUAAGAACGUGAAAAGAAUUGUUUUUUGAGGAGUUUGUUAUGCAUAUCAUUAGAGCAUAGUAUCAUCAUCGUGUAUUGUUUCUAAGUUAAAAAAGAUGUUGACACUCAAUGAUACGCAAGGAUAAAUAGAUAUCAUCUUGUAUUCAUUCUAAGUUGGAAAGAUGUUGAGAUUCAGUGA